CCCCAAACAUCUCCCUUUAAACCAGUGAAGGGACACCAACCAAACACCACUGCCUGCCCACAACAAAACCACACACAGACACAGCCCAGCCCCCGAGAGAGAGAGAGGAGGCGGAGGAAGAUGCAUACACAAAUCCACAAGAAGCCAUGUUGUCCUCUCCUCCUACCCCCCAUGGCCGGGAUAUAUAUAACUAGGACUAGGUGAGCUCCUUCAGAGAACAGGGGAAAGGGAGAGGGACACCACCAUCCACUCAGAGAACAGGGAGUACACUCAGAUUGCGGGGAGCAAAGGAGAAGCAUCCCUUUUGCCUCGCCACCUUCCCAACUGGUUCCUCUGUCUUCUCUUGUGCGAGCGAGAACCUUGGACAAUGAUGGCGUGUGGGUCUCGAAGCAGAAGCACUGAGAUGGUCGACGAGUUCGAGAAGCUGGUCAUCAGAAUGAACCCUCCAAGGGUCACCGUGGACAACGACUCCGACAUGACUGCCACCUUGGUGAAGGUGGACAGCGCGAACAAGUACGGGACCUUGCUGGAGGUGGUUCAGGUGCUGACUGAUCUGAAGCUGACCAUAAAGAGGGCCUACAUUUCCUCCGAUGGCGAGUGGUUCAUGGACGUGUUCCAUGUCGUGGAUCAGGAUGCGAAUAAACUUUAUGAUGGCCAAGUCAUCGACAGAAUUGAACAGUCACUGGGAGCGGGAUCGCUGAGCUUCCGGGCGCCGGAGCGGUCGGUCGGCGUGGAGGCGGAGGCGGAGGAGGCGCAGACGACCAUCGAGCUGAUCGGCAGGGACCGGCCGGGCCUCCUGUCGGAGGUGUUCGCGGUGCUCACCGACCUCAAGUGCAACAUCGUGGCGUCGGAGGUGUGGACGCACGACGCCCGCGUGGCGGCGCUGGUGUACGUGACGGACGCCGACACGCGCGGCGCCAUCGAGGACCCGGACCGCCAGGACACGGUGAAGCGCCUGCUCCGGCACGUCCUGCGCGGGAGCAGCCGGGACAAGAAGGCCGCCCGCGCCGCCAUCUCGGCGAGCGUGGCGCACGCGCAGCGCCGGCUGCACCAGAUGAUGCACGCGGACCGCGGCAGCACCCGCCGCGGCGAGGGCGGCGAGGCGGCCGACGGCGCCGCGCGGGGCAGCAGCGGGCCGGUGGUCGCGGUGGAGGACUGCGCGGAGAGGGGGUACACGCUCGUGAACGUGCGGUGCCGCGACCGGCCCAAGCUGCUGUUCGACACGGUGUGCACCCUCACCGACAUGCAGUACGUGGUCUUCCACGGCACCGUCAUCGCCGAGGGGUCAGAAGCUUACCAGGAGUACUACAUCAGGCAUCUCGACGACAGCGCCGCCACCUCCGGCGAAGACCGGGACCGGCUCUGCCGCGGCCUCGAAGCGGCAAUCCAACGGCGGUACACCGAGGGGUUGAGGCUGGAGCUGUGCUGCGAGGACCGCGUGGGGCUGCUGUCCGACGUGACGCGCAUAUUCCGGGAGCACGGGCUGUCGGUGACACACGCCGAGGUGGAGACGCGCGGGUCGCAGGCGGCGAACGUGUUCUACGUGGUGGACGCGUCGUCGGGGGAGCCCGUGCAGGGCCAGGCCGUGGAGGCCGUCCGCGCGGAGAUCGGCGAGCAGAUCCUGUUCGUCAGGGAGGACGCCGGGCCCAAGUCGCCGCUGAGCCGCGACGGCGGCGGCCGGCGCUCGCUCGGGAACAUGAUCCGGUCCCGGUCCGAGAAGUUCCUCUACAACCUAGGGCUGAUCAGGUCGUGCUCGUAGCCGCCGCCGUCGUUGCAGCUCAACUAAUCAGAGCACGUACUCCAGGGCAAUGUUGCUUACUCCUAGCCAAGCUAGCAUCUAGCAAGGGCUUGGUUCCUAUCAACGACCCGUUGAUCGAUCCAUGUCAAAUCCUUGGAUUAAUAAUGUAGGAGCCUUGACCUGUUGCUGUGUAAAUAUCCUGAUCUGUUCGACCGUUCGUGUGUGUGUUUUCCAUGAAUUGCUAGCUUCCAUUUCAGUCAAGAAAUGCAUUUGAAA